AUGAGACUUCAUAGGGCAUUUCUUUUUGCCUUUAUCGGCAAUGCUAUUGCAGUUGCGAUAGUGGAAAGGGCGAAAGCGACGGAUUGUUCGUUAACGCCCUCUUUAUGUUCUACUAAGAAGACAUCAUCUACUACUUCUUCUUCCACUACCUCGUCCACUACUUCCUCCAGCACUACAUCGUCAACAACUUCAUCCAGCAGCACCAUCCAAACAACCAGAACCCUCACCGCCGACUUCGCCGCCUCUGCCACCGCCGCCACCGCAACUUGCGGCGCUGGCUUCCUCCCCGAAACCGCCACCAACCAAGCGCGCUCCAAUCUCCAAACCAACACAACCAGUACCUGCGCGACCCUCUCCCCAGGAUGGCCUUGUUUCGGGGUCGGCAUGAUGAUGCAGAGCAAAGAUGUGAUUUCUGAUAUCAGUAAUACAUUUGUUCCUCAGUAUCAAGGUACCGUUGCCUUUUUAUGCAAUUUGAGUGAGGUCCCCAUGACGACUGCAGGCUUCGAUAUCGGUGCACUGGAUGAUUUGAUCUAUGUGAAGCACUGUGCGAAUUAUACGCCCGCGGCGCUGAUGAGUCCGGGUGAGUGGGUGUAUGGGUAUUUGGACUGGAACACGGUGCAGACGGUGGGACAGAGUAGUGAGUUGUGUACUCAUGUCAUGAGUCAGGUUGUGGCAUAUCCUCAACCUAUGUCUUGA